AUGAGCACUACGCUCGACCCGUCGCCGUUGCUCGUUCGUGCGUCCGCUCUGCCGCACCGCCGCAAGCAGGACGGUCCGCGUAGCGGUGGCCAACACACGAGCGACGGGCUUCUCUUGUUUGGCGGAGUAGGCAGCAUCCAAGAUACGCCGUCGACGGCCCCCUCAGCCCCGAAUCUAGACCAGGCCCACAUGAAGCGGCCAUCGUCGUCAUCCACCAAUUUUCCUUUCAACAACCAGUUGCGAUCUCCACCGCCCCCAAUAGGCGGUACGCCGUCGCCGUCAGACACUCCCAUCCUCGUCGCCAACGCGACACUCACAAUGCUACCAUCAAGUGCGACCACCCAGGCACCUCCUCUACAGUCGCCGUGGCAUACGCUCGCCGCCUCUGGUGGAGCAAUGACACCUUCCCUCGACGGCCCUUCCCUGGCACCUCGCGGCAGUCCUCAGCUUAGAAAGCCAUUCGAAAAGCUGAAUCUGGAUGGUCUUGAGCGUGCAUGGAGUGCGUCAAACCUGUACCAAGAGACUGCCGAGUCUACGACCGAGUCGCCUCGUCGGGCGUCCAGCGCAACCACUGUUCCUAGUGGCGCGAUCAGUGGUGGAGGCAGGCGAACUUCACUGGGAGCACCCAUCUCGCUAGCGUCCUCUUUGGCGCAGAGGCGAGCGAUUGGUGCAUCAAUGAGCCUUGGCUCUCCAAGUGGCCAGCCAGCGCCACCAAGUCUGUGUUCCGGGGCCGCAUCGGGGUCCUCUUCGGGGCCAACAUCAUCCAGCUCAGCGACAGCAAUAUCGACGUCAACAGUGGGAGCUUCGACUUCGAGGUUGAAACCUCUCGCUGGCUCGGCCCUUCCCUCGCUUCUGGCGGCCGACUCGACCCUUGUCCUUGAUGUUCGACCGCCUUCCUGUUACCAGACGUCACACCUCCCGACUGCCCACUCAAUCACGGUCCCGUCAAUGCUGAUGCUGCGCCCGGCCUUCGGCAUAUCCAAACUGUUACUCAUGCUUUCGACCAAGGCGAGGGAAGCAGUUUCACGAUGGCGAGACAAGUCGGACAUUGUCAUCGUCGACCAGGACUCGACAGUCGCCCUCGAAGGUGGCGUGCUCCUGGGCGUCUCCAGCAAGUUCGAGCGCGAGGGCUUUACUGGCAGGUUGUGGUACGUCCUGGGAGGCCAAGCUGCACUCGACCAUCGGGAGGACAUCAAGUGCGUUGCCGCGUCCGAAGAGAAUAAUAUGGCGACGCCGGAGAGCAGUGGAUCACUCGGUAUUGGGCGUUUGCCAAUACUCGCUUUCCAGCAGUCUUCGACCGGCCUCGGUGCAAGAGGUGUCACAACAGCUGCUGUUUCGCAACAGGUUGACCCGUUCCAGAGGCUCAACCAGCCGCUAGGUUCUGCGCCAGUCACUGAUCGGCGGCAAGGGAAGAUCAAGUUGCAGCCGGCAAACCCGUUCUUUGACAACAUCAGGCAAAACCUUGAGCUUUCACACGGUGGCAUAUCAGAGCGCAUCCCCCUCGCGCUUCCAGACUCGAUCAAACGCCGUUGCAACGAGUUACCCAAGUUUCUGCGCAACCUGGUGUGCAUGAAGGACGCCGACUCGCAAGAUGUCCUUGCCAACCAGUUCUAUCGCCUUGAGCGAGGCGAGCAGGAGCGCCUCCAGGGUGUCAUGAACGUCCUCAGCAAAGGCUGCCGUGCGCGAGGUUUGCCGCAGGCAUCACCGGCAGACGGCAAGACGCUAUGUGCGGACGACGUCGAGCGGCUCAUGGCGGACGGUGCCGACCAGGACAACUACUUCCCGUUCUCGAUUACCGCAGGCGUCGAACGUGGCACCAAGAACCGCUACAAGAACAUUUGGCCGUUCGAUUACUCACGUGUUCGUCUGGUCACUCCAGCCGACGACGACUCAGAUUACAUCAAUGCCUCGUUUGUCCAGCCUCGCGGCACAGCGCGUCGUUACAUUGCAACCCAGGGUCCCCUUGACUCGACGUACCGUGAUUUCUGGUCGCUUGUCUGGGAGCAGAACGUGCAUGUCAUCGUCAUGCUCACCAGGCAAUUUGAGGGUGGUCUUCUCAAAUGUGGCAACUAUUGGCAAGAGCAGCAAUACGGGGACCUCCAUCUCCUCCAGGUCUCACAUUCUGGUGGCGAGGACGAAGCACAGCAGCUCGCAGCGACAGGGUUCAACUUCCGCGCAGCCCCAUCUCCAAGCAAGUCGAGUGGCAACAUACACCGCACGUUUAGGCUGCGGCACGACAAAUAUCCCAACAACCCUCCGCGCAUGGUCGUGCAGAUACAAUGUGUCGAUUGGCCGGACUUGGACGUUCCUGAGUCGCCCGACGUCUUGCUCAACCUCAUGAAGGAAGUCGAUGUGGCGGUCGCCCAGACAGGGCUGACUGGGUGCGGUUCCGACAGGUGCGAGUUCCCUCCUGUGCUAGUGCAUUGCUCUGCAGGGGUCGGCCGCACGGGGAGCUACAUCCUCGUCGACGCCAUCACAGAUGGUCUGCGACGCGAGCUGUGCAACGAGGAAGCAGCAUCGCAAGAGCCACUCGCGGACGCCAAGAGUACUGAAGACAAAGCGGACAAGAUGGACGUCGACGCCACGGGGCCCCCCAGUUCGAGGACCCCCGAGCCGCAGAAGCCGCGGCCCAUCACCCAGAGCCACAAGCGACACCGCGUCACGACACCGCUCAGCUCGUUGAAGGAGCCGAUCUUGGAGGUACUGCAGGGCAUGCGUGCUCAGCGUAUGAGCCUGGUACAAAGCCUGCGGCAGUAUUUGUUCGUUCACCGUGCGAUCAUUGCGCGCUACCUCGAGCUCGUGGACGAGGAUGCACGUCGUCGGUCCUCUGGAUCGGAUACCCAGUCUGUACUGUCGCGUACCUCGGUCGUGACGGCCGCAACAUCUGUCUCAGCAACCGACGACGACUCGCACAUUAAACGCAAACCGUCUUCUGCUGACUUGCAGCCGGAGGUUGACACACGUCUACACAGCGUGGCUGAUCUGCGGCUCUCGGAUGGCGCGACCAACUUAGCCAAGAGGGCGAGCUUUAAAAAGCGGCGUGGGCCAAACGCGAGUAGUGUUCCUGGUACCCCGCAUAGCGCGAGGUCUUUGUCAUCUGGGACUGUGGCGACUGUUACAUCUCCUCCAUUAUCCUCUGCGCAAGGCGACUCGAUCACCGUCAAGUCACCACCGUCCAUGUCCCCAGAACGGCGAAGAGGACGACGCGAGUAG